GCGGGCUGGUGACGGUCGCUGGGCAGCGAGCGGCGGCGAUGGCGACCGUGAUGGCAGCGACAGCGGCGGAGCGGGCGGUGCUGGAGGAGGAGUUUCGCUGGCUAUUGCACGACGAGGUGCACGCCGUGCUGAGGCAGCUGCAGGACAUCCUCAAGGAGGCCUCUCUCCGCUUUACUCUGCCCGGCUCAGGCACCGAGGGGCCCACAAAGCAGGAGAACUUCAUCCUGGGCAGCUGUGGCACAGACCAGGUGAAGGGCGUGCUGACUCUGCAAGGUGAUGCACUGAGCCAGGCGGACGUGAACCUGAAGAUGCCCAGGAACAACCAGCUGCUGCACUUUGCCUUUAGGGAGGACAAGCAGUGGAAGCUGCAGCAGAUCCAGGACGCCAGGAACCACGUGAGCCAAGCCAUUUACCUCCUUGCCAACCGGGAGGAGAGCUACCAGUUCAGGACAGGAGCAGAGGUCCUCAAGCUGAUGGAUGCCGUGAUGCUGCAGCUGACCAGAGCCCGAAACCGGCUCACCACUCCAGCUACCCUCACCCUGCCUGAGAUCGCUGCCAGCGGCCUCACGCGGAUGUUCGCCCCCGCCCUGCCUUCCGACCUGCUGGUCAACGUCUACAUCAGCCUCAACAAGCUCUGCCUUACCGUGUACCAGCUGCAUGCCCUGCAGCCCAAUUCCACCAAGAACUUCCGCCCAGCCGGAGGUGCCGUGCUUCACAACCCCGGGGCCAUGUUCGAGUGGGGUGCACAGCGUCUGGAGGUGAGCCACGUGCACAAGGUGGAGUGUGUGAUCCCAUGGCUGAACGAUGCCCUCGUCUUCUUCACCGUCUCCCUGCAGCUCUGCCAGCAGCUCAAGGAUAAGAUCUCUGUGUUCUCCAGCUACUGGAGCUACAGGCCUUUCUGAACAGAGCGCCCAAGAGCCUGUCCCCUGGGAAUGGCCCCUGCCCAGGGAGUCCCUGUUCCACACACACACACACAC